CUUUUUUCUGGUCGGUGGUCUGUGCACACAAAACAUAACCUCAAAAACUCAUGCUGCUAAAAAGUAAAACAAUUCAAUUUUAAAAAUUAAACAUAAUGGGAAAGCGUAAAGGAAAAUGUGCCAAGAAAAACACAGCCACUAAAGGCGCCCUCGAGCCCGAACAUUUAGUAAAAGCGCCGCAUUCCUUCGUAAUUCAUCGUGGAAAAUGUUCAAAAGAUCUUAUGGAUUUAACUAAAGACUUCAGGAAGAUUAUGGAGCCUUUCACGGCGUCCCAGCUAAAAGAGCGUAAGAAGAACACAAUAAAAGAUUUCCUGUCAAUAUCUGGCUACCUGCAUGUAUCACACUUGAUGCUUUUCACGGAAACAGAACUGGGCUCCUAUAUGAGGCUCGCACGCUUGCCUCGCGGACCAACGCUAACCUUUCGGAUACACAAUUACAGUCUAUCCAGGGAUGUGGUGUCAUCGCUCCGCAAGCAGUACGUGAUAUCGCGCGCGUUCCAGAAUGCACCGCUGAUAGUACUCAACAGCUUCUCCGGGGAGGGCAUGCACAUGAAGCUCAUGGCCACCAUGUUUCAGAACAUGUUCCCCACCAUCAACAUCACUACAGUGAAGCUGAAAAACAUCAGGCGCUGUGUACUCAUGAACUACAACCCGGCGAGCAAACUGAUAGAUCUGCGACACUACGUCAUCAGAGCCAUCCCUGUGGGACUCAACAAGGGAACUAAGAAGAUGGUGCAAGGCAAAAUUCCAAAUCUUAAUCGAUGUAAAGACAUGUCUGAAUUCUUUGAUAAAGCUGCGCUUCUGUCGGAGAGUGAGUUCGAAGACGACGGUAACCAGGUGGAGCUGCCGCAAGCGCUCGCGUCGCGCGGCGCCUCCGCCAAGUCCAAGUCCGCCCUGAGGCUGGUGGAGUUGGGACCUAGAAUGGCGCUGCAACUUAUUAAGGUAGAAGACGGACUAAUGGACGGCGAAGUUCUCUUCCACGAGCUGGUCGAGAAGACAGAUGAAGAAAAGGCUCUCAUCAAGAAGAAACGAGAGGAAAAGAGACGUCUGAAAGAGAAACGCAAAGCACAGCAAGACGAGAACGUCAAACGCAAAGAGAAGGAAAAAGAAGAGUUGAAGCAGAAGGCUCUCGAGGGAAUCAAGAAGAAGAAAGACGUGACAGAGAACCAAAGAUUGAUGGAGCUGGCGGCCGCUGAGUCUCAGAAUGCGUCGGAUAUGGAGCAAGACGACAACGACGCAGAUUACUACAGGGAGGAGGUUGGCGCGGAGCCCGAACAUGAUCUCUUCACUCAGAAUCCACCAAGAAAGAGAAAAUCCGACGAAGAUGGAGAAGCGAGGGGCUUCAAAAAGAUGAGAUUAGACAAAAAGUUGAAAAAGAAAUAUCAGAACAAAGAUGCGAGCAGGCCGCAAGACGACAAAAGACCGAAAAGAAACUUCCAGAACCAAAAAGAUGGCGGGAAAAACUUCCAAAAUCGAGAUGAUAGGAAAAGAAGCUUCCAAAACAAAGGUGACAGAAGAAACAAUUUCCAAAAUAAAGAUGACAUUUCCAAAAGAAAGAAAAGAAAGAAUUUUAGAGGUCAAGAUGAUAAAAAGUUUAACAGAAAUAAUCAAUCGGGAAAAACUAAGAAAGUGUUUGGUGGUAAAUUUAACAAAAUGGGGAAAAUGGGCAAAAGCAGGCAGGGGAAAACAGGGAAAGGAAAGGGAAAAUCUAAAAAGUAGUGUUAAUUAUAAAUUAUUCAAUUUGUAAACUUACUUUAUGUAAUAAAAUUUUUAAAUGGC